AUGAAUUCCCUAGAUACAAGCCUCGAGCGAGCCGAGACAUGGUCCUCAAGACAACUUGCUCCAACCAAUACAAGUGGUUCGAAUUCAUCUCAUGCAACAACCAUCAAUACUAAUGCACGCCAAAACUCCACUGAAAUAGCACGCCUUCAAUCACAACGGAUACAGCAUGUCCAAACAGUAGGCUCCGAACCGGAGUCGCGCCACCGCAGCCGGAGUGUAACCAACAUCCUGCCAGCAUUUGGGGGUGGAAAGUCCUAUCCUCCUGAUAUUCCUGCAGAAAGGGAAGCUUAUGUGGUUGAUUUCGAUGGAGCUCAUGACCCUCUGCAUCCUAUGAACUGGAGCCCAAGGACCAAAUUUGUUACAGCUGCCAUCGGUGCUCUGGCAUGUUUUUGCUCUACAUUUGCCUCUUCGGUCCUGUCCGCAGCCACCCGUCAGGUAGCAGAGCAUUUCCAUAUUUCCGUCGAAGUCGCCUCGUUAUCAAGCGCGUUGUACCUUGUUGGCUAUGCGGUCGGUCCGGUGUUUUGGGCGCCGUUGUCUGAGCUCCGUGGCCGCAAGCUGCCAUUGCUAAUUGGUAAUUUCGGGUUCUCUGUCUUUGCGGUUGCAACGGCAGUCUCCAAGGAUGUUCAGACCCUCAUGAUCAGUCGUUUCUUCAUGGGCGUUUUUGGGAGCAGUCCCAUCGUUGUUGUCGCGGCUCUGUACUCGGACAUAUACGAUGCAAAGCAAAGGGGACCAGCACUCACAGUUUUUGCAGUCUCAGUCUUCAUUGGCCCGACGCUGGGACCGAUCGUUGGCUCUUUCACCGUGACAAGUUAUCUCGGUUGGAGAUGGGAUAGCUACUGGUCCGCAAUCAUGGGCUUCACCACGUUCGCUCUUAUCCUGUUGUUCGUCAAAGAGACCUAUCCACCAACAGUCCUGGUCUCCAAAGCAGCACUACUCCGUCGUGGCACCAAAAACUGGGCUAUCCAUGCCAAGCAAGAAGAAAUCGAGAUCGAUCUUCACGAAAUGGUUGAGAAGAAUCUUUCCAGACCACUACGGAUGCUGUUCACCGAACCAAUUCUAAUCCUGCUCGGCAUUUAUAUGACCUUCGUCUAUGGGCUCAUCUAUAUCACAUUGUCCGCGUUGCCUCUUGUCUUUCAGGGUGUUCAUGGCAUGGCCCCUGGGGUUGGAAGUCUCCCAUUCUUGGGCUUGGCAAUUGGUAUGGUCGCAAGUGGACUGAGCUCUCUUCUGUACAACAAGAUCUGGGUUGCGAAAUACCUAGCAAAUGGCCAAAAAGCCGUACCGGAAUGGAGGCUGCCACUCGCCACAGUGGGAGGUGUCAUCUUCACUAUUGGACUUUUCUGGUUUGGUUGGACGGGUGCCUACAAAAGUGUCCACUGGAUUGUCCCAACUCUUGCCGGAGUAUUCAUCGGCUUUGGGUUGCUUUCAAUUUUCAUGGCACUCGCAAUGUAUAUUGUGGAUGCCUAUCUCAUGUUUGCCGCAUCAGCUCUAGCAGGAAAUACGAUUAUAAGAUCCCUCUUUGCCGCCGCUUGUCCUCUUUUCGACCGUCAGAUGUUCGUGAACAUGGAGAUCCAAUGGGCUGCCACAUUGUUGGGCUGCGUUGCAGCUGUCUUGAUUCCCGUUCCGAUCAUCUUCACUAUAUACGGCCCCAAGUUGAGACAGAAGAGCAAAUGGGCACCAACCCCUAAGACAGUUCCACCUCCAGUGGUGGUCGAGAAGGAACUCGAGAAUGAAGGCAGUGCUUACUAA